AGAUGAUAUAAAUCAUUGCUGAACCCCAAACUAAUGUUCAUUAUGUCCAGCUGUGAUUAUAACCUUUGACUGAAAUGUGGGUUAAGGGGACAUUUGGAUCAUUAUCUUUUUUCCUGCUACCCGGUGUCUACUCUUUGAUUUGAGGUAAUGCUAGUUUCUGGGAAGAACGGCUACGAGAUUUAAAUCCUGCCGUUAAUUUUCUCAUGUUAUAUUUGUGCACCUAUAGGGCAUGGUAGUAGUCAAGAAUCAACUGAAUUUUCCCUGACACUUUUUAUUCUUGUUGGUGUUAAUUGUAAUAACACCUGUGUAAAGCAGGCAUCUGGAUCUUCCAGGACCACAGAUGCUUUCUUGAUGAACCCCAUGUCAUGGUAACCCUUUCUCUGUCUAGAAUUAUUUUAAUUAUUUCGUAUACAGAACGUUAUAUUACAUGAAAAUCUAUGGGCUGGGUGCGGUGGCUCACACCUGUAAUCCCAGUAAUUUAGGAGGCCGAGGCGGGCGGGUCACUUGAGGUCAGUUCGAGACCAGCCUGGCCAACAUGGUGAAACCUCACCUCUAAAAAUACAAAAAUUAGUUGAGCAUGGUGGUGGCGCACACUUGUAGUCCCAGCUACUCAGGAGGCUGAGGCAGGAAAAUCGCUUGAAUCCAGGAGGCAGAGGUUGCAGUGAGCUGACAUCCCACCACUGCACUGCAGCCUGGGUGACAGAGCAAGACUCCGUCUCAAAAGAAAAAAAAAAAAACCCUAUAAAGACGUUCAUCUGUAAGAACCUAGAUACAGUGCCGCCACCAUGGCUCUAUGGCUUCUUUUAGCCUCAUUUUGCCAACUUGUAACUAUUAAUAUCUUCCAUAAAUGGUUAUUGUUGUAAUAAAAGAAAAUCAUUUUUAGAAAUUUUGAAACACUAUGUCUAGCUACAUUCAAUAAUAAUUGAAUCAGAAUAAUAAAUGUUUCGAAGCCCCUGGUGAUAGUUCACUUAUUUUCCACUCUGUAUAACAAAAUUCUUGCGUAAAAGGUAAGGUUUUGGCUUGUGCUCUGAAUCUUAGCACUUUACAGCAGGCAGAGCACAGCGUCCCCUUCAUUCAUCUUAGUUCCUUGUACUUGGGGUUUCCUGUGUGCUGUUUCCUGCCUGAAUUUGAUUCAACUUUGGAUCUGUGUGCUUGUCCUUAUAGAAUUAUAUAUGCAAGUGAUACUACUGUGUUCUUAAACUGUCCUCUUUAUUGGUGGAAGUACCAGUAAAUAGAAUCAUUAUAUUCACUUACCUACCAGUCAUCCUUCAGAACUAAUUGUUAAAGUGCAAGUUGGUCUCCUUUCACUAGGAAAUAAACUGCCUCCAGCCUUCUGCUUCAGCAGGUCUGCUUCUUGCACCUCAGGCUCCUCCUCCACCCCAGCCAGCUUCAGCGUCUCUCUUGUAUUGGCUGCUUGUGUUUUUCUUCACCCUCUGGGAGUCCCCUGGGGUGUCCUCCUCUCCUUUGACGGCUUAUGUAGUUUCUGCGCCCAUUUAACCUCAGGGAAUGAUUUCUAAACCACAUCCAAAGUGAAAAGUGGUAGAUAAUGGACCCUCCUGUAAAUGAGGCUGACCAUAUAUUCUGGAAAACUCUCCUACUCUAAGCCCUUAGAAAUACUGCAAAAGAUACAGCAAACAUCCGUUAAAAGUCUUUAUCAGAAGAAAGUGAGAAAAAUCCAUAGGUGGGGAAAAAGAGAAAGAGGAGUGAGUGUUUUUGGGAGACAGAAGGUCUAAAACUGAAUUGGGAAGUGAGCACUGAAGGCCGGGGCCUGGGACUCAUUCAGGCCAGAUGGAGACCAGGCUGGAAAACAAAACAAAAACAUCCAUCAGCAAAUGGAGUUAAAAAGAAAAAGUCUCUUUUGAGACUGUUUGGCUUGGGGUUUGAAUUAAUGCUACCUGCAUGGUCUGGAAAACCCCAAGCUGAGAAACGAAUCUAAAUGCUUCUGAGUUGGAAGAGCCCAGGGGUGCUUGGCAGAAAGAAAGAAAUGCAAAUCCUUUCAAGAAGAAUGCUACCCUCCACCCGCUGCUGAAGAGCUGGGGAUAUGCUGACGAUAGAAACAUUGCUAGACAUAUGAGGAAAUGAGCCGCCGUGAAUGAGAGUCAGCUUAAAGUCAGUGAUGACGUGCCAUCUGCUUGAUUCGUUCAUUCCUCACUUUUUAGCUGACCACCCAUUAUAUACUGAGUGCUGUUCUCAGUGCUGUGGUUAUAAUGGCAAAACAUUAUGUGGAGAAAUAGGUACUGAGCUGCUGACCAGAGGCUUUGGUACAUUUGGCCUGCAGCCCUGCCCACUUCAGGGCUCUGAGUCAAUGCUAGAAAACUGGUGCUUGGCUGGUCCCAGUUUGAAAACUGCUGAUUAUGUUAAUUCCUGGAUUUUACAAAUGAAAAAACUGAGACCACAGUGGUUAAGUAACUUGCCCGAGGUGUGAGCCUCAGUUUCCUUGCCUGUGGAAUGGGGAUGAUACCUACCUCACAGGGUUGCUGUGGCUAUGAAAGGUUAACCAGCAUGUUUUCUGCCUCAGAUAUGUCUAUUCUUCCUUUGUCUUCGUCUUUAAUGAUCACAGAUAGUACAAGGACCCAGUUCUCCUGCUUUUCAGGUUCAACACUUUUCUGUUGCUGGUAUGAUUCUCAAGGUCUUUGAUUGUUCAAGCCCUACACAGAGCUUCACACCCUCACUCUUAAUUGUUCUCUGAUUAUUUCAUGUAUGUGAAUUUCCCCUUCCUAACAGAUUGUGAACAGUUUACGUUCAGGGUCCAGAUUUUGUAUUUUUAUGUUAGCUUUAUGUUGUCUAGUCUUGGACUGGUCUGUUAGUAGAUUUUUUGUUGUUGUUAAGCAACAAUAAACAAUUCUUUAUAACAAAUAAUAUGUUUAUAACAAUAAACAACAUAUUAUUUGUUUAUUGUUGCUGGAUUAAUCACAGUAGUUCCAUUGUAAUGAGGAAACAAGAAUAUUUCUGUCCAAAAAGUCAUUAUGCGAGAGUUUUGGCAACGCAAGGAGACACUUUUGCUGGCCAUUUAUGAUGUUGACAUCUGUAUUCUGCUCCUUCAGUCUCUGACUGAUGAUUCCUACCUGAAUUCCUGCUGUGGUUUGCCUUACAGUACAGGCAAACUGUGCUCAUUCCUUCUGUACCAGGCCUGUUUGUGAGUACUGUUCACCACCCUGAGAUUCUCUCUGUAUGUUGGAAAUCAUUGAAUGAAUAGCUCACAGCCGCUUCCAUGUAGUUGUAAGCACAUGUAUUAGGAUUGGAAGUGCAUCCAUUUGUAUGGGCACGGGUCCAUUGUUAGCUUUGUUCCCCUGUCGCCCUGCCCUGCCCUGCCCUGAUCUCUGGCCUAGAUGGACAAUGUGGGUGUGCUCUCUGUGUCUUCCCUGUCCAUCUGUUGGCCGAGGGUCAGGCACUUCCGCUUACCAUCAGAACCAAGAAGGAAUCACUUGGAAUUCAUCCCUCCCAUAGAACCCAACUGUGGCUGGGCUAUAGCCAGGGCUCUGUUCAGUUGCUGGCUGCGUUUCAGCUCUCCAUUUGAGUCCUUUCUAUAUGAAAAACAUGAAAAUGCCAGGGGAUUAUUUUUGCAAGUAAAAAAGAUGGCAGCAGAUGUGAAAACAGAUUUACUCAUCAUGAUGUAAAUUGGUGUUUUGUUUUCAUUUUAGUUUAACAAUAUAUAGGUAUUCAUGAAAAUAUUUGGCUGUAAAAAAUUAGGAAAAUUACAAACUGCCAUUAUCUGUUGCAAUUCAUUCAAUUCAGUUUUUUUUGGAAAGAACUUGAAAUUGUAAGUUAAAAAAUUUACUGAAAUUUGUGCUAGUUAAGCUUUAAGAAUUCUAAGUAAUAAUCCAAAAGACAUUCUAAAAUUCAGAUUUAUCAAAAUCAAUUGUACCUUUCUUUGUACAGAUAUAAUAAUUUUCUGGAAUAUGGAAUGUGGUGGUAGAAGUAAUGCAGAAUUGUUUUGCCACAGCCUUUGUUUUCUCUCGCAAUUAUUUCUGUGUUUCUUCUGUUUUAUAAAGGAAAUGGAUUGUGUUUAGUAAUUUCCUCUGUACCUGUAACCACGAGAGUAAACUUUUUAUUACAUCUAAACUUGUUUAUUCUUGUAUACAUGCUAGAUCAUAGACUAGUUGAAAUUUUCUGUGUUACCAUGGGUCUGUGAAAAGAUCUUGUCUUACUGGUCUUGUAUUCCUAGUAAAUUUCAGUAUGAUGAUAUCACUUAAACACUGUAACUGUGGGACAUUGGCAGGAGCUUGGGGAUAUUUUUAGCUACUUGGAACUCUUAUUGUAAUGGUAUUUAUUAGUAAUUCAAGACAAAUUUUAUUGUUUAAUUAUGCUCUAUGGGUUUAUUGCCAUCCAAGACUGCAGUGUUUUAGAUGACUAGAAUUUAGCUUUUUAAGAACCCCAAAUUUUUAUUUCAGCUCUUUCAGUGGAAAAUUUUCUAAAAUAUGCUAUUUCCUUCUUAAUGAGAAUAUAGUGAACAUAAUAGGGCUUGUAAUUUCCCACUCGAGUUCAUCUCUUUAUUCUUUUGUGAGGACGCACUGUAAUGCUUUUGGAAGGGGUCGGUCAGCAUGUUGGGCUUCUUCCUACAUUUAAUGGUCAUUUGUCAACAGAUAUUUACUGAGUUCUUUUCUAGGUCUGGAGAUUCAGUGAUGAAGGCAUUAUUUCUUGCCCUCAGAAGGUUCAUAUUGUAGUAGGGAAGAUAAACCAGGUAGUAAAUCUUAGAACACAAUGGGAUGUUUACAGUGAAGAGGAGAGGCCAACCUGGAGUAUAUGGGUUUGAGAUCCAUACAGAUCUGGGUUCAAAUUACAGGGUGAAUGGAGUUGUUAAGCUCCAUCUAGCAUUUGCGUGGCCAGACAUAUGCAUGUGUAGUGUUUAUUUCUGUCGUGGCAGUAAAAAGACUUCUCCUGUAGUUUAUUGGCCUAUAAAAUAAUAUAAUUUACGACAUCAUUGGAAAAGUAUUUUUAUUCCUGUGUAGGGUCAUUUGUUUCUAGAGUAGAACAGUUUUAACACCAUAUACAAAUAAAAGCACUUUUAUUCAACUGAACAUGCAUUUAUUGAAUACGUAAUAUAUACGUACAUUUUGCUUGCUAGAUGUCUUGAUGAAUAGACAUUUAAAAGUCCUUACCCUUAAGUAAUUCCCAAGUUAGCACGGAUGAUAAGGGCUCAAAUACUUAUAACAUGGUGUAGAAUUGAAUGAGCAACUUAAGAUAGAAACAUUUGCUGUAGAAGACCAUACUUACUAGGGAGGAACUGGCAAGGAUUUAUGGAAUCGGUGAUGUCGAAGCUGCAUCAUGAAAGAUGGCUAAAGUUGGGGGAAUUUGGGAUGAGCAUUGUACUUGGAUGGAUUAGCUUGGAGCUUAGUCCAGGCAGUAAAUAUAUUCAUACUUUGAAAGGAGAGUAAUUUUUAUAGAGGACCCUGGUGGAAGACAAGACUGGCACAAUAGGUAGGUGUAUGGCCCUUCUGUGAAGGCCCUUGAAUGCCAGGCUGAGGAGGGUGUUCUUAGCCAGUGAAUGUGACCAAGUGACUGUUUUUAAAGUGGCAAAUGAUACUAUUGCAGCUGUCCUUUAGCCCACUGGCAAAACGGGUGAAUAUUAACUGAGGGGAGGUCAUGUGGUCUACGGUGAAGAGCACUGAAAUUAUCAAUUGGUUUGAAUUCUGGCUUCAGCACUUAAUAGGGGGAAUUCAACUUCAGGCAAGUUGCUCAAAACCUUUCUGAGCCUCUAUUUCCUCAUAGAGAAAAUGGGAAUAAUGAUUCCUUUUAUAUGGCUGUCUUAAAUGACAUAACAUUUAUGAAAUCACCUUUAAUAAUUUGCAUGUCCAGUUUGUUUGGGAUUUCAGCCUAGGUGGUUUGUUUUCUUUCUUUCCAAUCCUCCUAUACCUUAUAUUGAUUUUUGUUGUCUUCUGUGGUAGCUCGGACCUCCAGUACUGUGUGGUAGUAGGGUUCUCAUCUUUCUACUUUGUCUGGGAUUUCUAGUACAGCAUGAUACAGACAUCUUUAUCUUAAUUCUUAAAUAUGAUGUUUGCUAUAGAUUUUAGGUAAAUAUCCUUUAUCAGAAAAAGGAAAUUCUCUUCCUAAUUUGGAAUCUAAAAAAAAAAAGAGUGUUGAAUUUUUUUUUUUUUAAGAAGGAGUCUCGUUCUGUCGCCCAGGCCGGAGUGCAGUGGCGCGAUCUCGGCUAACUGCAAGCUCCGCCUCCCGGGUUCACGCCAUUCUCCUGCCUCAGCCUCCGGAGUAGCUGGGACUACAGGCGCCCGCCACCACGCCCAGCUAAUUUUUUGUAUUUUUAGUACAGACGGGGUUUCACCGUGUUAGCCAGGAUGGUCUCGAUCUCCUGACCUCGUGAUCCACCCUCCUCGACCUCCCAAAGUGCUGGGAUUACAGGCGUGAGCCACCGCGCCCAGCCAUGAGUGUUGAAUUUUAGGAUACUUUUUUGCUUGUAUUGCAAUAAUCUUUUUCCCUGCUCUUUACUCUUUUAGUAUGAUGAAUUAUAUCUAAUAGAUUAUAUUUCUAAUUAGUAGACAAACAGAUUUUCUAAUAACCUCUUAGAACUAGUUGUGGCUAUUAUCACUUUUUAAAUAUUCUGAUUGAGUUUGUGUAAUACUGCUGUAGGCUAUUCCUGAAUGUUUGGUAGAACUCGUUUGUAAAAUAUAUGGCCUGAUUUCUUUGUGGGAUGAUUUUAAACUACAGAUUCAUUUUCUUUAGUGGUUAUAGAACAAUUUAGACUGUCUUUCUUCUUGAGGUAGUUUUGUUAAAUUGUGUUUCUUAGGAAUUUACUCAUUUCAUAUGUUAUCUAAUUUUAUAGCAUUAAGUUGUUCAUGGUAUUAUUUUAUCUUAAGUUUCAUGGUGUCUGUAGUUAGUUGUAGCCCUCUUUUCAUUGUCAGUAUUUAUUUGUGCUGCUCUGUCUUUAUCUAUCUUGCCAGAGCUUUGUGUCUUUGAUUACAUUUUGCAAAGAAUCAGUGUUUGGCUUUGUUUAGCUUGUCUAAUUUUUUUUUCUUUUUAUUUAUUUAAUUUCUGUUUUUAUUAUCUUCUUCCUUUACUCUCUUUUGGUUUAUGCUGUACUUUUCUAACUUCUUUAAGUUGAAUGUUUAGCUCCUUAAUUUAUAACAUAAGUUUUCUUUUCUAACAUAAGUUUUAUAACAUUUUAUAACAGUUUCUUCUUUUAUAACAUAAGUUGUUGUUGUUGUUUUGUUUUGUUUUGUUUUGUUUUUUGAGACAGCGUCUCAUUUUGUGGUCCAGGCUGGAGUACGGUGGUGCAGUCAUGGCUUACUUCAGCGUUGACCUCCUGGGCUCAAGUGAUCCUCCUACUUCAGCCUUCUGAGAAGCUGGGACCACAGGCAUGUGCCACCAUGCCUGGCUGAUUUUUUAAUUUUUUGUAGAGACGGGGUCUCACUGUGUUGCCCAGGAUGGUCUUGAACUCCUAGGUUCAAGCAGUCCUCCCACCCUGGCCUCCUAAAGUGUUGGGAUUGCACAUGUAAUCCACCAUGCCCAGACUAACAUAAGCAUUUAAGGCAAUGAAUUUUCUUUCAAAAUACCGCCUUUGCUAUAGCCAAGAAGUGUUUUGUUUUGUUUUGAGACAGGGUCUCACCCUGUCACUGGAGUGUGGUGGCGUGAUUAAUGGCUCACUGCAGCCCCCACCUCCUAGACUUAAGCCAUCCUCCCACCUCAGUCUCUUGUGUAGCUGGGACCAUAGGCGCAUGCCACCAUGCUGGCUAAUUUUAAAAUUUUUUGUAGAAACGGGGUCCCACUGUGUUGCCCUGGCUGAUCUCGAUCUCCUGGGCUCAAGCAUCCACAUCAGCAUUUGUUAUUUUCUGACUCUUUUAGUAAUAGCCAUUUUAACUGGGGUGAGAAGACAUCUGCUUGUGGUUUUGAUUUGCAUUUCCCUGAUGAUAGUGAUGUGGAGCACUUUUUCAUGUACCUGCUCUCCAUUUGUUGUCUCCUUUUGAGAAAUGUCUUUUCAGAUCCUUUGCCCAUUUUUAAAUCAGAAUGUCUUUUGCUGUUGAGUUCCUUAUAUAUUCUAGUCGUUAAUCCUUUGUUGGAUGAAUAAUUUUGCAAAUGUUUUCUCCCAUUCUGUGGAUUAUGUCUACUUUGUUGAUUGUUUCCUUUGCUGUGCAGAAGCUUUGUACAUUUUCAUUUAUUUUUCCUUUUGUAUUGUUUUUCUCUUUCUAGGGGAUUGAUUUUGGUCUCCCCUGCUCCCACCUCCCUUCUGUUUUUACCCCUCCAGUGAUUUAGAAGUUUUAUACUUUAUUUCUAGUUUUUUAGUGAUUGCCCUUUAAAUUUUACCAUGCUUACCUAAGAUAAUUAAGUAUAAGGUUGAGUAUUUUAACUAUCCUUCUAAAACAAUAUAAAGGCCUUAGAGUACUUUUGGCUCUGAUCAUCCUUGUUUUGAUCAAAUUGUCCUUUUUUUAUUUUUUAGUUUUCUACCUUCCCCCCCACACUUGUCAUAGACACAGUCUAGUGGUUAAGCACAUAAACUAGAAACUGAAACCAGCAGCCUGGUGUGACACCCAGCUCUGCUGCCUACCGGAUAGUGUCGGGCAAGCAUUUAACCUGCCUGUGCCUCAAUUUCCUCACCUAUAAAAUGUGGACAACAAAAGGAUCUUUCUCAUAAGGCUAAGGCUUUUCAAUGAGAAAUAUAGUACCUAUAAAGCAUUAAGAGCUAUACCUAGAAGUUGAUAAGUACUGUGUAUUAAUAUGAGUCUGCUGUUUCUGCUUUAUUGUUCUGUUUUGAACAGACAUUGUUUAAUUUUACCUACAUAUUUAACAAUUUCUUUUUUCGUUGUUUCUUAGACCUUCCUUCUGAGACAUUUUCCUUCUACCUGAAGAAUAUUGUUUAGAUGUUAUAUUGCGAGAUUUGUAAGACUCCAGGGCCUCCCAGCCGUGAAUAAUCUGAUGGUUCCUGAAAUGACUGGGGAAGCAGACGCUUCGUAUGGCAGUUGAAGAGUGUGUGUCUAUGUGCAUUUAAAACCUUCUUUCUGUACUUACACAUUCACACGGGAAGACAGGCUCAUUCUUGUGCACACUUGAGAGUUUUACAACUGAUGAAAAUUAAUUUAAGAAUCAGAUGGAGCAACUUGACACCACUGGGCUCAGGAGCCCGGGGAGAAAAAUACAUCACUAAUGGCCAAUUUUCCAUAUGGUCUGCACGGGUAAAGAAAGUCUGCAAAAAGAAGAAAAAAAAAUUUGCGCAGAUUAAACCACAAAAAUAUUCUCCAGUUUAAAGAAGGAACUAAGUGAGAAGGUGACUGAGAAAGAAGUGUGAUUUCAAACAUUGCAGCGGCUCACACAGUGUUUGUUGCACUUUAUUUUUCAGUGGGUUUGGUGAUUUGGACGGAUUAAAACUCUAGACUGAAAAGUAACUCCUACUGUGGUUAUGGCUAGAGGAAAGCAAGUUCAAGUAUGAUGGGACAAGUUUGAAUAAUGAACUGAUUCCUUUGCCUAUCUUAAUUAACUGUAUUUGAGAAAUUUUAAUUUAUUAUUUCCCCCUUUUUUUUCCUGCAUCUAUAGGAUAAUAUUGUAAAAUAGCAAUUGAAACCAAUAAUUAUUAAAUAAAUAUCAAGGAAAAUCCAAGCAAAGCUUUCUUUUUUUUUGGACUAGUGGUGUGGUGUUUGGAGACAGUCUCUGAAUGUGAACAGGAAAGCACCCAUCAGCAAAACACGAUCACUCUCUAGGGAGACAGCUAGGGGAAUCUGACUCUGGCUUCUGCUUUUGUUUUAAGGGAUUAACUUCCCUGUCAAGUCCAAGAAGACUUGCGUAUGAGAAGAUUACUUGAUGGACUUAAUUCUAAGAUUAGCUUUUUUCAUCAAGAUGGAAAAAGAUCUUUAGGAGCAGAAAAGGGGAGUGCUAACUGGGGGAGCGAGAAGGGAGACGAGCAAAAGAAACAAAAUCUUGCGACGUGGCUCUAUUUUGUCAGCAAGAGGAUUUAAGACUCACCCAGGGCAAACACUGGGACCACUGUAAGAGCGCUGGAACAUUCUGCCUCUUGAGUGAAGGGGCCUUCUUUCUAGCCUCUAUGGCACUGAGGGGUGCGCCGGCUGGUGGAGGAGUAGUCCGAUGGAGCCCUGCGUUCCCCGGGGACACAGGGCCAAGCUUUGAGGUGGAAAGUUUCUGGUUCUGAAACAACAAGGAGAGAGUCUGUUUUUCUUCCUAAAAUUUGGACUCUUGUCUGCACAAACUCUGGUCUGUUUUGCACGGUUUGUGUGCCUUUUUUUCCCUUUAUGCAAUCUUUUUCAGCUUUAGCAGCAGAAAUUUGUCUAGUUCAGGAAACAUGCUAGAGGGUGGCUUCAGAAGGAAGAUGAUCCUGUGUAUUCUGUCUCUGCAUCCGAACUUUUGAAGAGAAAAAUUCGAGCUAGAGGGAUUCUUAAAGCCUUAAGUUACUUGAAAUCUAUGUAUUUGCAACCCUUUGUCUCUGGAAUCAUAUUACACUAAACUGGAAUCUCAGGCUGAAUGAGAAUAACCAAGUGGAGUAAAAAGAAGAAAACCGUUUCUUGAUCACCACUUAAUUAACGAUGCUCUUUCUCCAAAGGAUCAGCACGUUCUUCCUCUGAGAACUUGAAAAUAAAAAUGGACCCCAUGUUUUUUUAAGCAUUACCUUUUCUUAGAAGACUGCCAUCAUCUUUUAUAGAGGAAUUUUUUCACUAUGCAUUCGGUGGAUCUUUAUAAAAUACUGACCUUCUAAUUAGAUUCAGGUCAGUCUUAAUUAAAGGGGGAAAAAAGCAACGCAAGCCAACCACAAAAACACAUAUACCAAUGAAAGAAAUUGGUUUAAAUUUCACAGCAUUAACAUUACUUUUUAAGUAAAACAGUUCAUUGAAGAAAGUAUGUAUGCAGCAGUGGAACAUGGGCCUGUGCUUUGCAGCGACUCCAACAUCCUGUGCCUGUCCUGGAAGGGGCGUGUCCCCAAGAGUGAGAAGGAGAAGCCUGUGUGCAGGAGACGCUACUAUGAGGAAGGCUGGCUGGCCACGGGCAACGGGCGAGGAGUGGUUGGGGUGACUUUCACCUCUAGUCACUGUCGCAGGGACAGGAGUACUCCACAGAGGAUAAAUUUCAACCUCCGGGGCCACAAUAGCGAGGUUGUGCUGGUGAGGUGGAAUGAGCCCUACCAGAAACUGGCCACGUGCGAUGCGGACGGAGGCAUAUUCGUGUGGAUUCAGUACGAAGGCAGGUGGUCUGUGGAGCUGGUCAACGACCGCGGGGCGCAGGUGAGUGAUUUCACGUGGAGCCAUGAUGGAACUCAAGCACUUAUUUCCUAUCGAGAUGGGUUUGUCCUGGUUGGGUCUGUCAGUGGACAAAGACACUGGUCAUCCGAAAUCAACUUGGAAAGUCAAAUUACGUGUGGCAUAUGGACUCCUGAUGACCAACAGGUGCUGUUUGGCACGGCCGAUGGGCAGGUGAUUGUCAUGGAUUGCCACGGCAGGAUGCUGGCCCACGUCCUCUUGCACGAGUCAGACGGUGUCCUCGGCAUGUCCUGGAACUACCCGAUCUUCCUGGUGGAGGACAGCAGCGAGAGCGACACGGACUCAGAUGACUAUGCCCCUCCCCAAGAUGGUCCGGCAGCAUAUCCCAUCCCAGUGCAGAACAUCAAGCCUCUGCUCACCGUCAGCUUCACCUCGGGAGACAUCAGCUUAAUGAACAACUACGAUGACUUGUCUCCCACGGUCAUCCGCUCAGGGCUGAAAGAGGUGGUAGCCCAGUGGUGCACACAGGGGGACUUGUUGGCAGUCGCUGGGAUGGAACGGCAGACCCAGCUUGGUGAGCUUCCCAAUGGUCCCCUUCUGAAGAGUGCCAUGGUCAAGUUCUACAAUGUUCGUGGGGAGCACAUCUUCACACUGGACACUCUUGUGCAGCGCCCCAUCAUCUCCAUCUGCUGGGGUCACCGGGACUCGAGGCUGUUGAUGGCAUCAGGACCAGCCCUGUACGUGGUGCGUGUGGAGCACCGGGUGUCCAGCCUGCAGCUGCUGUGCCAGCAGGCCAUCGCCAGCACCUUGCGUGAGGACAAGGACGUCAGCAAGCUGACUCUGCCCCCCCGCCUCUGCUCCUACCUCUCCACUGCCUUCAUCCCCACCAUCAAGCCCCCAAUUCCAGAUCCGAACAACAUGAGAGACUUUGUCAGCUACCCAUCAGCCGGCAACGAGCGGCUACACUGCACCAUGAAGCGCACAGAGGACGACCCGGAGGUGGGCGGCCCUUGCUACACGCUCUACCUGGAGUACCUGGGCGGGCUUGUGCCCAUCCUCAAAGGGCGGCGCAUCAGCAAGCUGCGGCCGGAGUUCGUCAUCAUGGACCCGCGGACAGAUAGCAAACCAGAUGAAAUCUAUGGGAACAGCUUGAUUUCUACUGUGAUCGACAGCUGCAACUGCUCAGACUCCAGUGACAUUGAGCUGAGUGAUGACUGGGCUGCCAAGAAAUCUCCCAAAAUCUCCAGAGCUAGCAAAUCACCCAAACUCCCAAGGAUCAGCAUUGAGGCCCGCAAGUCCCCCAAGCUGCCCCGGGCUGCUCAGGAGCUCUCCCGGUCCCCACGGUUGCCCCUGCGCAAGCCCUCUGUGGGCUCGCCCAGCCUGACUCGGAGAGAGUUUCCUUUUGAAGACAUCACUCAGCACAACUAUCUUGCUCAGGUCACGUCUAAUAUCUGGGGAACCAAAUUUAAGAUUGUGGGCUUGGCUGCUUUCCUGCCAACCAACCUCGGUGCAGUAAUCUAUAAAACCAGCCUCCUGCAUCUCCAGCCGCGGCAGAUGACCAUUUAUCUCCCAGAAGUUCGGAAAAUUUCCAUGGACUAUAUUAAUUUACCUGUCUUCAACCCAAAUGUUUUCAGUGAAGAUGAAGAUGAUUUACCAGUGACAGGAGCAUCUGGUGUCCCUGAGAACAGCCCACCUUGUACCGUGAACAUCCCUAUUGCACCGAUCCACAGCUCGGCUCAGGCUAUGUCCCCCACGCAGAGCAUAGGGCUGGUGCAGUCCCUACUGGCCAAUCAGAAUGUGCAGCUAGAUGUCCUGACCAACCAGACGACAGCUGUAGGGGCAGCAGAACAUGCAGGUGACAGUGCCACCCAGUACCCAGUCUCCAACCGGUACUCCAAUCCUGGACAGGUGAUUUUCGGAAGCGUGGAAAUGGGCCGCAUCAUUCAGAACCCCCCUCCACUGUCCCUGCCUCCCCCGCCGCAGGGGCCCAUGCAGCUGUCCACGGUGGGCCAUGGAGACCGAGACCACGAACACCUGCAGAAGUCAGCCAAGGCCCUGCGGCCAACACCGCAGCUGGCAGCUGAGGGGGACGCGGUGGUCUUUAGUGCCCCCCAGGAGGUCCAGGUGACGAAGAUAAACCCUCCACCCCCGUACCCAGGAACCAUCCCCGCUGCCCCCACCACAGCAGCACCCCCGCCCCCUCUGCCGCCCCCACAGCCCCCAGUGGAUGUGUGCUUGAAGAAGGGCGACUUCUCCCUCUACCCCACGUCAGUGCACUACCAGACCCCCCUGGGCUAUGAGAGGAUCACCACCUUCGACAGCAGUGGCAACGUGGAGGAGGUGUGCCGGCCCCGCACCCGGAUGCUGUGCUCCCAGAACACCUACACCCUCCCCGGCCCGGGUAGCUCUGCCACCUUGAGGCUCACGGCCACUGAGAAGAAGGUCCCUCAGCCCUGCAGCAGUGCCACCCUGAACCGCCUGACCGUCCCUCGCUACUCCAUCCCCACCGGGGACCCACCCCCGUAUCCCGAAAUUGCCAGCCAGCUGGCCCAGGGGCGGGGGGCUGCCCAGAGGUCCGACAAUAGCCUCAUCCACGCUACCCUGCGGAGGAACAACCGUGAGGCUACGCUCAAGAUGGCCCAGCUGGCCGACAGCCCGCGGGCCCCCCUGCAGCCCCUGGCCAAGUCCAAGGGCGGGCCCGGGGGGGUGGUGACACAGCUCCCAGCGCGGCCCCCACCUGCCCUGUACACCUGCAGUCAGUGCAGUGGCACAGGGCCCAGCUCACAGCCCGGAGCCUCCCUGGCCCAUACCGCCAGCGCCUCCCCGUUGGCCUCCCAGUCCUCCUACAGCCUCCUGAGCCCACCCGACAGCGCCCGCGACCGCACCGACUACGUCAACUCCGCCUUCACAGAGGACGAGGCCCUGUCCCAGCACUGUCAGCUUGAGAAGCCCUUGAGGCACCCUCCCCUGCCUGAAGCUGCUGUUACCCUGAAACGGCCACCCCCUUACCAGUGGGACCCCAUGCUGGGUGAGGACAUUUGGGUUCCUCAAGAAAGGACAGCACAGACUUCAGGGCCCAACCCCUUAAAACUGUCCCCUCUGAUGCUGAGUCAGGGCCAGCACCUGGACGUGUCCCGACUGCCCUUCAUCUCCCCCAAGUCUCCUGCCAGCCCCACUGCCACUUUCCAAACAGGCUAUGGGAUGGGAGUGCCAUAUCCAGGAAGCUAUAACAACCCCCCUUUGCCUGGAGUGCAGGCUCCCUGCUCUCCCAAAGAUGCCCUGUCCCCAACGCAGUUUGCACAACAGGAGCCUGCUGUGGUCCUUCAGCCGGUGUACCCACCCAGCCUCUCCUAUUGCACCCUGCCCCCCAUGUACCCAGGAAGCAGCACGUGCUCUAGUUUACAGCUGCCACCUGUCGCCUUGCAUCCAUGGAGUUCCUACAGCGCCUGCCCGCCCAUGCAGAACCCCCAGGGCACUCUCCCCCCAAAGCCACACUUGGUGGUGGAGAAGCCCCUUGUGUCCCCACCACCUGCCGACCUCCAAAGCCACAUGGGCACAGAGGUGAUGGUAGAGACUGCAGACAACUUCCAGGAAGUCCUCUCCCUGACCGAAAGCCCAGUCCCCCAGCGGACAGAAAAAUUUGGAAAGAAGAACCGGAAGCGCCUGGACAGCCGAGCAGAAGAAGGCAGUGUUCAGGCCAUCACUGAGGGCAAAGUGAAGAAGGAGGCUAGGACUUUGAGUGACUUUAAUUCCCUUAUCUCCAGCCCACACCUGGGGAGAGAGAAGAAGAAAGUGAAGAGUCAGAAAGACCAACUGAAGUCAAAGAAGUUGAAUAAGACAAACGAGUUCCAGGACAGCUCGGAGAGCGAGCCUGAGCUGUUCAUCAGCGGGGAUGAGCUCAUGAACCAGAGCCAGGGCAGCAGAAAAGGCUGGAAAAGCAAGCGCUCCCCACGGGCCGCCGGCGAGCUGGAGGAGGCCAAGUGCCGGCGGGCCAGUGAGAAGGAGGACGGGCGGCUGGGCAGCCAAGGCUUCGUGUACGUGAUGGCCAACAAGCAGCCGCUGUGGAACGAGGCCACCCAGGUCUACCAGCUGGACUUCGGGGGGCGGGUGACCCAGGAGUCCGCCAAGAACUUCCAGAUUGAGUUAGAGGGGCGGCAGGUGAUGCAGUUCGGACGGAUUGAUGGCAAUGCGUACAUUCUAGACUUCCAGUAUCCGUUCUCAGCCGUGCAGGCCUUUGCAGUUGCCCUGGCCAACGUGACUCAGCGCCUCAAAUGAAGAGACUGGUGUAGGGAGGAGAGAGAUGCAGAGAGCCUUUGGAAGAGGUCUUUGGAGAUGCCAGAGGAGCCCUCUAGGGGCCCGAGGCCUGGGAGGACCAGAAGCCAACAGCGAAACUGGAAAAGCCUGGCAGGCCCAGGAGAGGGCGCUGACCUGUGGUCGUCAUUUAUUUGGUUGGGUUUUAUUACCUUUUAUUGUCUGUUCUUCUUUUCUUCUUUCAUUUCAGUGGCAUUUGGAAGCAAAGAGUGCUAGGCACCUGCUGUUCUUUCAGGAUACAGCUUGGCUGUGGUAAUGCUCUACUGGGCCCUUCAGAAUGAAGACAGUCUGCCUUAGAGCCUGCUAUUCUUUUAGACAUAGGGAGGAUGCAUUAUCCUGUAUUCUCCUCCAACAUCACCACUAGCGUAAAAGCAAAAAGCUUUUACAAAACACAGCCAAAAAUUCUCAAGAUGCAGGUUCUUGGGGAAUGGGAUGGGGACAGCAUUUGAUUUACACUAAUUAUGUUACUCCCCAAAAGGUGACUUAAUUAAUAAAGGGCAUUUGGGCAGACACACUGUGUUGGACCAACAAAGUAGGCUCUUUACAGGGGUGUUCUCACCAGGUAGAAAUGCGAUUUGCUCAUUGAGGAUGUUGGGGAAGGGACGAAGGGUAAAGAAGAAACUGCACAUAUACACAGGUUCACAUUACUCUGCAGACAGCAAUGUGACUCAGCGUGUGACUUGUAGCAGCAGUACGAGGGCUACACUCCUCUGCUGAGGAUGUCUACAUUGAAAGCCUCCACUAGUUUCAUCGUUUGUCAAAGUUCCGUAGGAUCAGUGAUGGUCAUUCAGCAUGACUGGUUCUGGGAGAAGGUGAGAGACAAAAAUGGAAAGAUCCUGGCCUGUGGUAGUGGUAGCAGUUUUCUCAAAUAAUGUGGUGACAGUCACUAGAUCCUCACAUGCUGAGAAACAGCCUCUACUCUCUCUGCCCCUUUUACUUUUUAAUCUGGAACGCAGUACUGUAAACAUGAUCUUUCCCAUGAGAUACCGUGUUCUACGCCUUCCCAUUCUAAAAGUGUGGACAAGGCUUGAUUUGAAACCACUCCUUUUCUCCUCUUGGCUACAUUAAAAUUCAGUUGACUACAAAUGCUUUCUAUCAAAUUAGAAAUGUAACCAAAAAAAUGUUAAGUGUUCACCAGGGUAUUAAAAUACAGGAGUAUGGUCAAAUCUUUGACAAAAUUUUCAUGAUCUUCUCUAACAAAAAAAGUUGUUUAUUAACUGUACAGACUGUUUACUAAGGAGCUAAACCACUGAGAAAACGUUAUUAAAAUUGUAAUACCUAGGUAGUUGGUUGAUCACAGUUUGUUAAUUGUAUAAAAAAAAAUCACCUAGAAUAUCUCUUCCCACUUCCUCCUCCUCGUGAGAACCUGUGGGCAGUAUUCAAGCCCUGAUGACAAAACCCAGUGUUUUUUGUUGUUGUUUUUUGUUGUUGUUUUUGUUUUUCUCAGUUAGUCUUACCUGUGAUGUUGUUUAGGAUCAGGCCCCUCUCCUGGGCCUGCUGUGCAGGAGCACAGGAACUAUCUGCUAGUGUUGGGUUCCAAAUUUGCAUUUUAUUUGGAAACAGACAAGUAGAAGAUGCUACAGAAAAGUAUUUUCAAAUUUAAACAUUUUUUUAAUCCCCUGUUUUAGUUAAAAAAUUGGAAAAGAAACCGACCCAUUUUUUUCCCAGAUCAAGAUGACAUGACAUCACUCCCGAUUCUCUCCAAACCCCAGAGAAAUACUGACGAAGUUUUCUGAUGUGGCAAAGGAUAUUUCCCAUCUAAUACCAGUUUCUCAUUUAUAUUUAAAGUAUUGGACCUGAUAUUUUUAGGGAGUGCAUUCUUCCAGAAAGAAUUCAGCAAUGUUAUCAGAAUUAAUUCUUUUAUAUGAGUUUAUGUAGCUUGAUAUGGUGUUUCAGUGCUUAUUGGUUGUGCAAUAAUGGUUAUAGCCUGUUAGAUAAUCUAAAUGCAAUUCCCCUGUUUUGUCGUUUAGGAGAUAAUUAUUUAUCUUGCUUUUCAUAGUGUUCUUAGGAAUUAUUUUGUUGUUACGUUUUGGUGAGUUAUACCCAUUUUAUUUAUUUAGAAAAAUAGUAUCUUUGUAACGACUUACAUGGUCACAGUAUAUUUUGCUGCAAGAAAUAAAGAGGAUAUGAUAGGUUUUUUUUUGUUUUUUGUUUUUUGAGACGGAGUCCCACUCUUGUCGCCCAACUAGAGUGUAGUGGCGCAAUCUCGGCUCACCACAACCUCUGACUCCAGGGUUCAAGUGAUUAUUUUGCCUCAGCCUCCCAAGCAGCUGGGAUUAUAGACACCCGCCAACACGCCAGGCUAAUGUUUUUGUAUUUUUAAUAGAGAUGGGGUUUUACCAUGUUGGCCAGGCUGGUCUUGAACUCCUGAGCUCAGGUGAUCCGCCCGCCUCGGCCUCCCAAAGUGCUGGGAUUACAGACGUGAGCCACCACUCCCGGCCCAUAGAAGGUUUUUUGCUAGAUAAUCUGUAACUUUUCUAAUUGGGAAAAAAUUCCUAUUAAUCAUUAAAAAAAUUUUUUUUUGUAUUUUGUGUUAUUGAUUAUAUACAAAGGAGACUUUUUUUUGAGAUAACACUCAAAUAGUAUUCUCUUCUUUUGAAAAUUUUAUUUUUAUCUGAAAAUAACAGUUGAUCUGAAAUAAAAAGGGGAGACCUAUUAGAAUGAGAGUAGCCAAGGAAAGAGUUACUAGGUAAUAAGCUUCAGUUUUUGUGUUCUAAUUGUUUUUGAGAUAUAAAGACCCUGAAAAAGCCCAUUUUAGAACCUGUUUAAUAAGAGCAAAUAUAGGGGAAAAUCUUUGAAACGAAAGCUACAAAUACAUGUGAGAAGAAAAAAAUGGAUUUUUUAGCAAAUAAUUAACUAAGCUUCUAAAUUCCUAGCUCACUCCCCCAAAGGCACUUUCCCCCGAUGGAGGCACAGGCUUCUGUCUCGGAUGUUUGGCGCACGUGAGUUUGUACCGGAGUGACCCCGGCAGCCACUGCUCACCUCCCCUCUACCCAGGGGCCUGAAAAGAGGGGCUGCCCUCCUGCGCCAAGGCAGACAUAAGCUGCGGGCUGUGCGGUCCUAGUAGGGUGACGUUUCAGUUAAUAGUGGUGGUCUUAUUUUCAACUAUGCUUUCAUUCAGUCAGGCUUUGUUGACUAAAUACGACGAAAAUUCAUACUUUAUGCAGGAGAUUUCUAAAAAUUUAAUGUUUAUUAAUAGUUUAUGAAUAUCAAGAUACCUCAUUGAAUCCCUAAAUUUAAAAGCAGUCCAGUAAAAGGUUAACUGUAUAAAGAACCUAUGACUUUUUGAGGGAAGUGUGAUAUAACAAAUAUAACCAAUUCUAAAUUUGUUCUAGCUCUAACCUCAUCAAACCAAAGGCACAGAUUUGUGUACAAUAUACCCAUUGAAUGUAUAUCCUGAGAAAAAUUGGGGCCAAAGAAGCAGGAAAAUCUCAAAGCUCUAAUGGCAGCAUAAAUCAAAGAAUUUCACAGGCUAAUGUUUUUUAUCCAUAGCCAUUGCUCCCUUGUCAAGUGUCCCACAAGGACAUGGAAGAAUGUGUUAUGUUCAUCUUGUAAUCAUAGCAAAAAGUCUGGAAACCCCAGGGUCAAGCCUGCUCUGCCACAGGGUUGGAUGGUGACCUUGGGCAAGUCCCUGGGGCUGGCUAGGCCUCCACUUGUCCAUCUGUGAAAUGAAAGGAUCAGCCUGGACAGCCCUCUAAACUCCCUUACAGCUCUCAGCCUAAGAGCGCAGCACUGAACAGCCUCAUCAUUCCACUUUUCAUGGGAAAUAUAUUUCACACCAUUGCCUUUGUGUAGAGAAAUAUUUCUUUUCCUGUGUUAAUGAGCUAUGUACUGAAUAUAAACCAGUGCAUUUAAAGUAAUAUCUUUUGUGCACCUCUAAAUGUGUUUGGAAUUGUGUUUGUUCUCAUAGAAUAUACAAAAGUACUGAUUCUAGGUAAGAAGGAGUCUCCACGGGUGUGCCCUGCUCAGCUGGAUGUCCAUGAGAACAGCCCUGAAAUAAGUCACUACUUGUCCCCAAAACCACAGGAAUAUAUACCUAGGUCACCUCAAAUUCCUGAGUGUGCUCUGCCAUGUUACACGGUCUUCAAAUUGAAAAGGUUUCUUGAAAAGGAAAGUUUGGCCCAGCAACUGGAGAAGGAGUCCAUGGUGUCGCUGUGUGCCUGUAUCAUUUGGCCAAGUCAAUGGUUGUAAGCAAAGUUAGUGGAGACAAAAAUGUGUCCAAAAUGUCGUUUGAGUUCCUGGGAUUUCUGUAAUAGCACACAACUCAGAACUCUUCAGCAUUUGUGUGAUUCCUUACCUCUGGCUGAUAAAACUCUAAUGGGUUGUGGCUUACUUUGUUUCCAUUUUCUUUGGCUUUGUGCAAUUUUUGUGUAACUUUACUUGUACCUAUAUUUUCUGUUUACAGUUCUUUUUAAGGGGAGGGGUAGGGUUCUAAGAUCUUGUUUAUUGUAGAUAAAAAUUUUUUCGUGUUGUAGAAAAGCAUGGGUUAUGCGUUUGACUGAAAAAGGCACUGUAUUAUUUACCAAAGGGGUAUUGUUUUUGCAUUUGUUUAUAAAUGCAUUAUUUUGGUACUGUAAAUUUGGACAUAAUUUCUGAGUUUAUUACUACUGGCAUUUUCUUUUUCCCUUUUUUUUUUUUUUUUUAACCGUAAGUGCGCGAUGCAGGUGCAUAGGCCCCAGACCAAACUAGACCACCAGCAUGUUCAUGUCCAGACCUCGGCAGUGGCGUGCACUGCUUGUGCACCUCAGUUCCUCCAGUGUUGGUUUGUUUGUUUUUUAAUUCAGCAUCCUGCUUGUUUUACUUUCCAAGCAAGAUCUGUUGCGAUUCCCAAAUGCGUUUUAAUGAGCUCAUCCUUAUUUGCCUCUCUUCUUACGUAUUUUGUGUAUUAGAUUGUGCAGGAGAUAUUCUAGAAGGCAUUAAUGGUUUGCAUUCAAAACGAUGUGGUUUGUCCAAGUUAUUUUCUGUCUUUAUUACUGAGAUGGAUUAAUCUCCUUAUUUUUUUCUUGAUGAUUUGAAGUUGUAAGAGUUGUCCAGCUAUUGCUUAAUAAAAUUUUGCAGAUCAAAAAA